AUGCUCGGAGCGCAGCGCGCGCUCGGCGUCGAUCGAGCGCUGGGCGCCAUCGCCGCGGAAACCGCCAUUGAGACUGCGGUGCGGGCUGUGUGCGACGAGGUGGGCUCGUUGGAGGUCGAGGUGGCGGCCGAAUCGACGUGGCAGAUGCUGACGCUGCCAACCAAGCGCGGCAGCGUCACCGCGGCCUCCGUGAGGGCGCGCAGUGUCGUGGCGGGCGGCGUCCGCGCCUCUUCUGCAGAGCUCUCCUUCCCGGAAGGCGUCAGCGUCGUCCUCGGCACGCCCACGUCGUCGCAGCCCGCCGCACAGCCCGCCGCUUUCGGACUGCCGAACCUCGCGCGGCGCACGCCGGCGGACUUCGCGGUCCGCUUCUCCCAGGACGACCUCUCUCGCUCUCCGGUGCUCUUCGCGUCGCUCGAGGCGCUGCUGCAAGAGCUGCUUCGGUCGGGCGCCUCGGCGGCGAUCGGCAGCGUGCUGCCGCAGGACACGGCGGCGCUGCGCAUCACGCUGCGCGAGGUCGAGUCUCUCCGCGACGGCCGCAUCACCCUCAUCGCCGACGGCACGAGCACGCGCGCAGACGGCUCUCUCGUCUCGCUGCAGGGGCUGCGAGUCCGCACCGCGGUGGGCGUGUCGCGGGUGGAGAGGAUGGUGGUGCUGAGCAGGAGCGAGCUGCUCUCCACCUUCGAGGGGCUCGGCGCGCGGCUCGAGGUCGGCCUCCCCUUCCUCCGCGGCGCGGGCAUCCCUCUCCCCGCCGGUCUCACCCUCGAACAGCUCGCGGUGCUCGAUGGCGCAGUCACCGCGCGCGGCAGCGUCACCCUCGAGCCGCUCGACUAUUCGGCCCUCCUCGAGCAGGCGCAGCAGAUCCAGGCCGACUUUGCCGCCCCGGCGGCGACCUCAGCGACCGUCGACACGGAAGGAGUCGUCGAGGAGCAGCCCGCCGGCACGAGUCAGGGCAGCCUGCCACGCGGCGUCUGA